ACCUCCAAUAAGUUGGCCACUCACUUCAUCAAACCAAAUAUAUCUUGUUUUUGGUUAAUUAAAGAAAAGAAUGGAAUCUAUUGAGAUGAGCCCUAAGGAAACUAGUAUUGUUCCUGAAACUGUUAACCAGCCCUUUGAGGUUGGAAAAACCAAGGAGUGGCCAAAAGGAUCUCUUGAAGAAACAGUGCAAAAUAUUGUAAAAUUAUUGCAUACGGAGUUAGCUCUCAAGAUUAGAUCACACGAUUUCAAGUCCAUAAACCCUCAGAAAUUCAUCGUUUUUGUUAAUGGAAGAGAGGGACUGUCAGUAGAAGAAGUAGUAAGGAUGGGAGCCUUGAAUGCAAUUUUGAAGAGUAGUCUACCAAAGGAGUUUCAAUUUUACAAUGCAGAGGAAGAGACACAAGAAUCAGCUUAUAAUGACUUCAAGACUUGUUUUCCAAGAGGAUUUCCAUGGGAAGUUAUUGAAGUUUACUCACCUCCUCCUUUGAUUGCUUACAAGUUUAGGCAUUGGGGUUUCUUUGAAGGUCCUUACAAAGCCUAUUCUCCAACUGGUGAAUUGGUUCAAUUCUAUGGCAUGGCAACUCUCAAGGUAGAUUCAUCGAUGAAGGUUGAAGAAGUUCAUAUCUACUAUGAUCCAACAGAGCUAUUUGGAGGUCUUUUAAAGGGCAAAAAAAAUAUUGAUUAUGAAUUAUCCAAAACAACUGAUUCUUCAGCUGCCUCUGCCUGCCCACUCUUCAAUCCUGAGAAGUAGUCCCAAUAAUAAACAAACAAAAAAAAAUUGUAAUUAAUGGACUGAAAUAUGUUAUAUAUAUUGUGAGCUUCAAUUAAUUAUAUGUAUUAUUCAAUAAUCUCUCUGCAUAUACAUGAGAAGGGGCAGAGUUGAAGGAGGGGCCUAUAUAUGUGUGUGCAUGGCUUCUAGCCAUUUUAUAGAAUAUAUGUAUUAUGUUUGAUAUUUAGUGGUUCAAAAUGGGCAUUAAUAGAUUACUUGUGUUUGGGAAUACAUUCCGUAAA